AUGGAUACUUCGGACAUCCUAGGACAAAUCCUAUCCGAAGAGUCUCCAGACGAGAUUCUGGAUCAUUACACCGAAGACGUCGAUCCAACCCAGCUAGUGAGACGCAGUUCUAGGAUAGCAGCGAGGAAUCCUUUCUCCAUCAACGAAUGGCCCAAAGAAAGGAUCUUGUCCAAACUGUACUCUCACAAUAUACAAGUGCCUCCGAAUCUGGAUCAUGAUCAGCUCUUGACUCUUUUACAAGAAGUCAGUCAAGACCUGCAGCCCCCAUCUACCAACGCAGUAUCUUCUCUGCCCCGAUCUACCGGCUUUCCAGCACAACAGGGAGACGACAGGGUUCUCUCAGCGCUGCUGUCAAUUCAAGGAACCCUCUCCGACAAGAACAACAGGAUCCAGGCGCUGGAAUCGCAGUGCUUGUCUUCUGCACCUCGGGCGAUGUUUGACGGGCAGACUUCCAGCUCGACCUCAAACCACGCCCUUACUCCCGACUUGGCUCUUCCUAGAAGAUCUCUAGGAUCAGCGUUAUCUGACGCUUACACCAGGGUGCCCUCCUUCCCCCCAGCAGCUGCCAUUUCUCCCCAACUGCACACUCAAAUCCUGUCAAUGGAUGGUUUUUGUCCGGAGAGGCUGACGGUUGUGCCAUCCCGUCGAGGAUGUUCUUCUGAUGAAGACUGCCCUGGAGGACACAAAUGCUGUCGAUUUGACUGUGGGCCUGUUUCAAUGAAGCCGGGUCAAUGUCCCCUACCAGAGAUGAUUCCACUGUGUGCUGAAAGCUGUUUCCGUGAUGGCCAGUGUCCUGCCACACAGAAAUGUUGCCCACACAGGUGCGGACAGGGUAUCGGCCAGGGCCAGGGAAGUGGCCAGGGCAUCGGCCAGGGAAGCGGACAGGGCAUCGGCCAGGGAAGCGGACAGGGCAUCGGUCGUGGAAGCGGACAGGGCAUCGGUCGGGGCAUCGGCCAGGGAAGUGGACAGGGCAUCGGCCAGGGCCAGGGAAGCGGUCAGGGUAUCGGCCAGGGAAGCGGACAGGGCAUCGUCCAGGGACAGGGAAGUGGUCAGGGCAUCGGCCAGGGAAGCGGACAGGGUAUCGGCCAGGGCCAGGGAAGCGGACAGGGCAUCGGCCAGGGAAGCGGACAGGGUCGGGGCAUCGGCCAGGGAAGUGGACAGGGCAUCGGCCAGGGCCAGGGAAGCGGACAGGGUAUCGGCCAGGGAAGCGGACAGGGCAUCGGCCAGGGACAGGGAAGUGGUCAGGGCAUCGGCCAGGGAAGCGGACAGGGUAUCGGCCAGGGCCAGGGAAGCGGACAGGGCAUCGGUCGUGGAAGCGGACAGGGCAUCGGUCGUGGAAGCGGACAGGGCAUCGGUCGGGGCAUCGGCCAGGGCCAGGGAAGUGGACAGGGCAUCGGCCAGGGCCAGGGAAGUGGACAGGGCAUCGGCCAGGGCCAGGGAAGUGGACAGGGCAUCGGCCAGGGCCAGGGAAGCGGACAGGGCAUCGGCCAGGGCCAGGGAAGCGGACAGGGCCAGGGCCAGGGAAGCGGACAGGGCAUCGGCCAGGGAAGCGGA